AUGUUUUCACACCUGGAAAUUGAUCAAUAUUUCACUGGAAACGAACGAAAGGAUAUCACAAUGCUUAUGGAUAUGGCAAUAGCCAAACAUGAGAUCUACGGGAAGCUCAAAGAGCUCCCGCUCCAAAAAAACACGCUGAAUCGUCAGCUAUACCAUAGUCUUUGGAAGAGACUUCAAAAUUGUUCUGAGAAGACUCCAGAAUCCUUGAAGCGUGGAGCUUCGGAGGAUUCAGAAUUCGCUCCGCCAACUGCAAAGCAGGCCAAGGCAUAUGAAGAGUUGGGAUCUGAAGCAGUUUCAGGAGCAUCACCUGGAUCACCAUUCGAUAUUUCACUUUUUGAGAAGCCAAUGUUAUUGAUGGAUCCAGCUGAGAUCUUAUGGCAGAAUCCAGGAGCAGGAACUUCUAAGACAUCGCCGAUUGACGAUGGAUCGCUGGAAAUCAAAGAAUACGAUGCUCCAGCCGCCAAUCUUAAUCCAACAGACUUGGAGCCAAUUGAAGAUUUUGGAGCCUGGCUCAAGGAGUUUGAUGAAGCUCAUGGGCUCAAUGAGAUCGAUGUCGCUCUGGAUAACAUUUUCUUCGGAAAUCCAUCUGAUAAUUGGAAUGAUCUUAUAGACAUUACUGUCUGA